AUGAAAGACGAGGACCAAACACAAUUUCAAGGAACAAGAGAUUCGAUCGAGAGGAUGGUGACGUUGAUAUGCGAAGAGGAAAUUAUCAUCAAUGUCUCGUUUCGAGACGUGCAUGAUGGCGACGGCGGACGGAGCCUCCUGAUGCUUUCAUAUGAUAGUGCCUACGACGACAGCGGGCUGUUUCUGUCCGCUAUUCCAAUCUCCACACCGUCAGACGAUAAUGCUGCAUCAGCGGUUGCCGUUAGACCACUGAUAUAUCAGAUGUCUUCAGCACAUACCUUUCAUCUCGCACAUUCUACCCUCCAUGAUUGCAUGCUAAGAGUAGGAAGCCAUGAAACGUGCCCCAAAUUUGUCCCAUCCGCCUUUCCAACACGCGUCCUCGAUUGCCAAAAUCCAAGCGCCCCCAAACUGAAGGUGAACGUCGGCGGAAUUGAGGAUUGUUACGUAGCGUUGAGCUACGUUUGGGGAGAAGAUCAACCACAAAGAACCGUAAAGGCGAAUGUAGAGAAGUACAUCAGCCGUGGCCUUGACAUGGAUGUCACCCCUCAGACAAUCAAAGACGCCAUACGUGUAACAUGUGAGCUACACGUUCGCUACCUCUGGAUUGAUACAUAUUGUAUCAUCCAAGACAGCCCGGAGGACAAAGCGCGGGAGAUUGGAAACAUGCGUCGCAUAUACCAGAACGCCUAUUUCACCAUAAUCGCUGCCAAAACACCCAAGGUCAGCUUGGGAUUCUUGCAAGAUUGCCCUCCUCCGUUCCCGACGUACCGUGUUCCUUUUUACUGCCCCGAUGGGGCGUUAGGCACCAUGACUCUGGCGCCCCGCGCCAUGUACAACCUGUACGAUGCUAAUCAAGAGCCUAUAAACACUCGAGGCUGGUGUUUUCAGGAAUACAUUCUCGCACCCCGAGCAUUUAUAUACGCAUCACACACCAUACAAUAUCUAUGUCAGCGUGGUCUUAUCGACGUUGGAAAUGACUCAUUCCCGGACAGAAUGGCAGGAAUGGACAGACUCCCACCUCGUUUUUUCAACCGGGACAAUGACACCUAUCAUGAUCCCAAUAUCUUGACGCCCGCACAGCUGCGAGAAUUGACAAAGCUCUGGCAUAGAAUUCUGCAAUUUUACACUCCACGCGGACUCUCGGCUCCCGAAGACAAGUUGAACGCGAUAUCAGGAGUUGCGGACGAAUUCCAUCGCGUGCUGAAUAGCCGGUAUAUUGCGGGUAUGUGGGAGCAUCACCUACUGGGUGAUUUGUUAUGGACAAGAUCUAGCGAAGAAGCACUUCCGGGGCCAAGCAUCUAUCGCGCCCCCUCAUGGUCAUGGGCUGCCGCCAACGGUGUUAUCUAUAAUCCAGGCCCUGUCGUAGAGCCUGACGAAGCAUAUCAUUGUGUCAUACUAGACUGUAAAGUUGAGCUUGCAAACGAACACUCACUCUUUGGAGAGCUGAGUAGAGGAUACCUGAAGCUGCGAGCACGGAUGAAACAAACGAUAUGGAAUUCGUCGAGAGGUCUUCUGUACGAGCCAGCCGCUGAUGGAAAGUUAACUGUUGUCGGCGGGGGUUAUCCAGAUAGGCAGGAGGGCAGUGAAGGUUCAGAGAAUGUUUGGGCGUUGCCUAUGGUGCUUACGGUUCCUAAGCCAUCGGUCUUUUCCCGUUCGCGUGAAGAGGGAAACACGAUGAGGGGGAUGCUUUUGAAGGUCGCUGAGACGAAGCCUGAUUGUUAUCGUCGGGUUGGUCUCUUUCGUUGUACGAUGCAAGGAUCGAUAGAGGAAGGAUUCGAAAACUCUGCCGAACAGAUCAUUACUAUUAUUUGA